UUGAUGAGUAUUAUGACUUUUUGAAUGGCUCCAUCACGUGAUUGUGUCCUAAUUUUUUUUUUCUGGUGUACCUAUUUGUUGAAUAUAGUCCAUCAAUAUCAAUCGAUCGAUCGAUCGAAAAUCAAUAGCUGUAAUUUUGAAAUAAUGUUUGCCAAUAGAAUAGCUAUUGUAACUGGUGGUGGAUCAGGAAUUGGACGUGCUGUAUGUAAAUUAUUGGCAAAAGAAAAUGCUUCGGUUAUUGUGGCCGAUCGUAAUGUAAAAAGUGCACAAGAAACAAUUACAUCGAUGAAUGGCGGACAACAUGUAGCUAUCGAAGUGGAUGUUGCAAAAUUGGAUUCAAUCAAAUCAAUGUUUGAAUCGGUGAACAAAACAUAUGGAUCCGAUGAGGUCGUAACUUUGUUAGUAAAUUCAGCUGGUAUCACAAAAGAUGGAUGGAUGAUCGAUAUGAAACCGGAAGAUUUUGAUCAAGUUUUAGAUGUCAGUCUCAAGGGAACAUUUUAUACGACACAAAUUGCAUGUAAAACAAUGAUCGAUAAAAAGAAAAAUGAUGGUGGAUCUAUUGUAAAUUUUACCAGUGUUAGUGCCAAAAUCGGUAAUAUGGGACAAGUAAAUUAUGUGGCUGCUAAAGCUGGUGUCGAAGGUUUAACACGUACAGUAGCACGAGAAAUGGGUAAAUAUAAUAUUCGUUGUAAUGCCGUUAUACCUGGUUUCAUUGAUACACCAAUAGUUGAAACUGUACCUGAACAUAUUAUGCAAGGAAUGUUAUUGUUAACACCAUUAGGUCGAAUGGGAAAACCAGAAGAAGUGGCCGAUGCGAUAAAAUUUUUACUUUCAAAAGAAAGUUCAUAUAUUACCGGUGCUAUGCUUCAGAUUUCUGGUGGUCUUUUUAUGUGAAAUUUAUUUGUUUUUGAAUCAUGUAGUUUUUUUCUCAUCAUACAAAUAAAAUAAAAUGAUUCGAAAUUCU